GAAUAGAAUAGAAUAGAAUAGAAUAGAAUAGAAUAGAAUAGAAUAGAAUAGAAUAGAAUAGAAUAGAAUAGAAUAGAAUAGAAUAGAAUAGAAUAGAAUAGAAUAGAAUAGAAUAUCCUUUAUUAGUCCCACAUGGAGAAAUUUGCAGUGUCACAGCAGCAAAAUGACAGUAGGAACACAUCAAUAAAUUAAAUGUGCUUGUCUUAAAGUAGUUAACUUAAAGUACAACAUAGGGUAUAGCAUUAAAAUAUUCAAGUGAAGAACAAAUGAAACAGUAAAAUUGAGGACACAUAUAGUCAUUAUGAUUCAACUUCUACUUAUUGUGUUUUAUUGACUGUCUAUGUGCCACAGGAACCUCCUGAAUUACAGAAUUCAAUGUUGGCAGAUGGGUUGGACAGACAGACAAAUUAUUCUGUCUGUCUCAUUUUCUCGGGCGACUAAACAGAUCAAUUAUUUAUUUCACGUGUGGCCCCAAGUACAGAAGAAGCAUUAAUGCAUUUCAUAUACUGUGAUUCAUUAGAAACGUGGCACUGAUGAAAGGAGAUUUAAACAUUUGCACACCUGCAUAAAGUGCUGCCCAAAACCUUCUGUGGUGCAGUAAUCUUCACACCAUCUUGGUCCAUAUUGUUUGAGAGCCAUAAUCCCCUAAUGUGCUGUUAAAAUCCCUCAGGUUACAGACCACACUUACACUUCUGUUGCCUCGGGCUAAUCUCAGAUUAUAGUUCUCAUCACAUGGCGGACAAUUACAUGAGAAGUGAAAGGAAACUAUUUAAUGGCUUAUGUAACUUAAUGAAACCUAACAACCCUAAAGCUGAGGUGCUUAAAAAUGUUCCAUAUUUAAUUUAUAAAAAGUAAGAUAUGAAAUAGUGAUAUCCACAGACUCAUUUCUGAGGCGCACGACAGUUUGAUAAAACAAUGACUGAGACACAAAUUUAUAUAAAACACAAGAACACAGAAAAAUGAAAAAAAUUUCAAGAGUAAACAUUUUAACUUGUAAAAUACUGAUUGAUGUAAUAAUUAAUUUUCUAUUAAAACCACAUUUAUUAAUAUUCUGUAUACUUGAAAGCUAAAUUAAGAGUUCAGUUCUUAAUAGUUAAAGGGAGAAAUGUGAGUCUAAUUGGAAAAUGUCCACAAUUUUAGCCAUAAAAAGUUUAUUUGCAUCAUCAACUGUGGUGAGUUGAGCUACCAGAUGGUAGACUUUUGGUGUUUGUGACACAUGGCACCGAGCGAAGCCCGAGAUAAUUGGAAUUUCAUUAAGGUUUUGUUUGUGGGUGUGCUGAGUGUGUGUAUAUAUGCCUCUGUGUAUGUGUGUGUGUGUGUGUGUGUGUGUGUGUGUGUGUGUGUGUGUGUGUGUGUGUGUGUGUGUGUGUGCUGAGAGUGGAUGUGGGUGUUUAUGAGUCUGCAUGGGUGUGUUUCUCGAUGAGCAAUAUUGAGGAAGGGGUGGAGGGGGACUCCACCUGCUGCCACCUGUUCAUCUGCUCUGCCUUAUAAAAGCUGCUCCCUUGCUGUCUCCUGGAUCACAGACACCUUGGACUCCUCAGACUGUCCACUACCUGGGGAUGCAAACAUCAGCACAAAGGACACUCAGCUGGACAAUAAACAAAUCUGCAACAAAGAAGAACCCUUGAAGAACGAGGAAAUUAGGAACUUCUGUGACAAAUCUGUUCAUUUGUAUCUGAGUGUUUCUGAUCUGACUACAGCGACCGGUUUGAUUCUUGAAACAGAAACCAUGAAGUCCCGUCGACCCAGCUGCACCGACUCUGGAUCUGAGUCCUCAGAGCUGGACUCCAAGAGCCCAGAGAAGUAUGAGACUGCCACGAGGCGACGGAUGGCUGCCAACGCCAGAGAGAGGAAGAGGAUGCAGGGUUUGAACACAGCCUUUGAUCGUCUGCGUAAAGUGGUACCCCAGUGGGGCCAAGACAAGAAACUGUCCAAGUAUGAAACCCUGCAGAUGGCCCUGAGCUACAUCAUGGCCCUGAACCGGAUCCUGACAGACGCCAGGAGGCACACUGCUCCUCACAGACAGUGGCUGGACCUGCAGUUUGACUGUGUGCAGCCUGAAAACUACUCCUGCCUCAUGAGGUACGACUCUCCAGCCGAACAGGACUACAUCCACUCAUCGUUCUCCUGUCAGUUCGACAGCCAUCAGGUCCACGCAUAAGUUGCUGCCACAUGGCAGAUAAUCAGUCAUGUUGUUGGAUGUGAGUGACAAUGUGAAGAUGUUUCCUCCAAUCUAGGAGACAGUAAAUACAUUUGUAUUGCAUUACUUUUAUUUUGUAUUUAUUUAGUCUUUGUAUGACAAUCGGAGAGGCUUCUGCUUCAGUUUGAAGUCUGUCAUUUGUUUUAGUUAGAAGACCCGACAGCAUUGAGCAAAUUUUUGUUCAAAGUAUAGCAAUGAAAGAACUGUAGUGUCUUUACAAUGACCAUUAGAUUGUACUAAAGAUGCAGACAAUGGUGUAUUUUUAUCACUUAUUUUGAUAUGGCCCUAAAAUGUUGUGCAAUGUUCAAUGGAUUCUGAGAAAAUCAUUGUAGUCUCAACUGCACAGUUAAAAUCAAGAUGGAACUAUUUUGUCAAAGUGCAUGUUUGUAGAGUUGAAAAAUAGGAGUUAUGUUUCACAGACCUCUAUUUUGUUUAUUUAUAGUUUUUCAUCAAAAAUUAAAAUUAUUUUGUAUGAAAACCAGUUUCUCUUAUUUUUGUUGUCUUUUCUAUUAGGUACAGUCAUGAGCUUUUUGUGAUGGUGACAUAUUGUAUGUACCUAUACAGAGGCAGUUCCUUAACAAAAUUACCAUUUCAUCCUCUGAAUAUUCAUAUUUUUUUUAAUUUAAACCUGACAUACUAAAGAUGCUAAUUCUACUACUCUACUAAUUUCUAAAUAAUCUAGUGCACAGGAGCAACAUUUACUGCACAUUUCUCCUUUCAGUAAAAUCCCAAAUCACUCUGUUUGGUUAAAAUAGUGGUUACUGUGGACAUCAAAUAAUUUACUGCAUGGUUUGUCUUGUUUGUGUCAAGUUCUCUGCCAGAGAGAGA